AUUUCCAAGCAACCAAAUCUGGACAGGUCACUAUUCUUUUUUAACCCUUUAUUUCUUAUCCCCUUCCUAAGAAUCUCACUCAGAAAGAAAGCCCUAACUAAAUUCAAAUUCACCCACCCCUACUUCCUUCUCCCUUCAAACUUCUCCUCUCCCAUAAAGAAUUCAUUUUCUACUCCGUAUGAUCUAAAAGGGGAAAAAAGAUUCAACGCCUAUUAAUUCCAACCCAAACCCAAAAUAAGUAAGUGUUCGCUGCCAUAAAUUUUACCCCAAUAAAUAAUUCCCACCCCAAAAUCGGGGGGAAAAGAGAGCAAAGAUUUAAUCUUUUUAACUUGAAGCUUCUCUUUACCAGAUAUGCUGGAAAGUUCAGUGUUGGUGGACAAUCCCAGCGGCGGAAUCGCUGCCCCCGCUGCUGAGGCGGUGGCUGAGCUGCAGGGCGGAGGCGGCGGAGAAGACGGAGACCGGAGCUCAGGUGGCAACAGAUGGCCGCAUGAAGAAACGCUGGCUUUGCUCAAGAUCCGCUCAGAAAUGGACCUUGCAUUUCGUGAUUCUACUCUCAAAGCCCCUCUCUGGGAACAAGUUUCAAGAAAAAUGGAGGAGUCAGGGUACAAGAGAAGUGCCAAGAAGUGCAAAGAGAAAUUUGAGAACAUUUACAAGUACCACAAGAGAACAAAGGAAGGCAGGUCCGGUCGCCAGAAUGGGAAAAACUACAGAUUCUUUGAUCAACUAGAGGUUCUAGACAACCUGCAGUCCAACAAAACCUACUCGGACGAUUCUAAGGACCCAACAGAAUUGGGGUCUCCAACGCCCAUGGCAAUGGUAAGGCCAAACACCAACAUUGUUCAAGAUUUUAGGACACAUCAUCAUCUCAUCAGCCAAACAAAACACAACCUCACCAGCGCUGAUGUCAUUUCAGCCUCCACGUCCACGACCUAUUCCUCUGGGAAAGAGUCUGGAAGUUGUGUUUCGAGGAAGAGACAAAUGGCCGGUUUCUUCGAGAAGCUGAUGACAGAAGUGCUAGAAAAGCAAGAAAAUUUGCAGAAGAAGUUUCUCGAAGCAUUGGAGAGAUGUGAGAGGGACCGCAUGGCGAGAGAAGAAGCAUGGAAGAGAGAAGAGACCGAGAGAAUGAAGAGAGAACAAGAGUUCUUAGCACAGGAGAGAGCCAUUUCAGAGGCAAAAGAUGCAGCCUUGAUAGCAUUUCUUCAGAAAAUCGCCAAGCAACCGAUCCCUGUGAACUCAAUCACGCCCUUAGAGAAAGAUCAGGAAAUUCAAGAAGGGAACGACGAGGAAGAAAUAAAUAUUAAUAACGAGCAAAAAGAGAAUGGCUCCGGCGAGAGGACUUAUGCUAGAUGGCCUAAAGCGGAAAUCGAAGCAUUGAUUAGAUUCCGGACAAAGCUUGACAUGCAGUACAACGAAAAUGGGUCAAAGGGCCCUUUAUGGGAAGACAUAUCAUCUGAAAUGAAGAAGCUUGGGUAUGACAGGAACGCCAAACGGUGUAAAGAAAAAUGGGAGAACAUAAACAAGUACUACCGAAAGGUGAAAGAAAGCAACAAGAGGAGGCCCGGAGAUUCCAAAACUUGUCCCUACUUCCACAUACUUGAUUCUCUUUACCAAAACAAGUCCAAGAGGGUUGUUGAACUUAGUUCAACGACUCCCGAUAAUCCUCAUGAUUUCAAUAUGAAGGCAGGAGAGAUGUUGAUGCACAUAAUUAACCAAAACCAAAAUCAAUAUCGGGAAAAACAAGAUGUCAGAAGAACAACAAAUGGGUUCCAAAGUCAAGAGAAUGAUGAAGAGGGUCAAAGUGAAGACGGGUUUCACAUUGGAACCACCCGCCCGUGAAAAGAGACCAGAGUGGAAGUGAAGGUAAUAAUAAAAAUUCCAAUAGGAAUUAAUUAUGGGGUCACUCUAAAUUAUGCUGUGCACACACACACACCCAAUAGGUGAUACUAAAUUAUUCAAUCAUACCAUACAUUGUUUGGAAAAUAGUGAUACAGAUUACAUAGCAGGUGUACUGUGUAAAAAAACAAGGUGCAUCUUACUUAAUUUGGUUGCCCCACAUCUCACAUUUAAAGUUUAAAUUGGUCAGUUCUGUUUGUUUGUAGUUUGUACCUAAUGUAUACCUAAAUGUCAUUGAUUGCUGUUUUUUAUAUUAUUAAUUAAUGUACUCAAAAGGCAUCCAAAUGUGAAAUUUUAC